AAAAAACAACACUUCUGUGAGACGCUGAGCGGCGCAAGAGCGAGGGGAGCGUUUAUCUACCCUUUACAAGUGUUUGUUCUGGACAAGGAAUUGUACUUUAUGAAAAGAAAGAGUGGAUAUUCACCCUGUUCGGCAACUGGGUUGUGAGGAGCAGGAGUAUUCUCAGUGAGACUGGGAAGACGGCAACAUGGCAGUCUCCACUCAGCUGGGUUUACUGCUUUGGAAAAACUUCACCUACCGACGGAGGCAGACUGUCCAGCUGCUGAUUGAGAUAAUCUGGCCUCUGUUCAUCUUCUUCAUCCUGAUCUCUGUCCGAAUGUAUUACCCACCCUACGAGCAACAUGAAUGCCAUUUCCCCAACAAGGCCAUGCCCUCAGCUGGCACUCUUCCCUGGGUACAAGGAAUCAUCUGUAACGCCAACAACCCCUGCUUCCGCAAUCCCACCCCCGGAGAGAGUCCCGCAGUAGUGGGAAACUUCAAUGACUCCAUAAUUUCCCGUCUGUUUACCGAUGCCAAAAAGAUCUUGCUGUACACUCAGAAUGAUAAGAGCUACGAGGGCUACAAAGGACUGCUGAGGGCCCUCAGGAAGCUGCAGAAGAACACUGCCCGUUUCAAGCUGAAGGAGUUUUUGCGAGAUGACGAAACCCUUUCCCACUUCCUGCAGCACAAUGCGUCACUUCCUCAUCACGCUUCCAAGCAGAUCAUGGAGGCUAAUGUGAAUCUGGAGAAGGUGCUGACUAAAGGUUUUGGCUUCCACCUGAGAGACCUCUGUAACACCACGCCACUGGAGGAGUUUGUCCAUAUUGCUGACCUCAACGUGUCCCGUAUGACUCAAGAAAUCAUAUGCAAGUCCUCCAGCGACUGGCUAGACAAGGCCCAGAGUCACUUCCUGUCCAAUCUGGACUUUCUGAAACCGAUUCGGAAGGAUGUGAGGUCUGACCCCAAAGUCGUACAGGAAGUCUCAGCUGCAACCGACACUCUUCUGGAGAGCCUCGGAGUGCUGGCUGUGGAGCUCGCUGGUAUGAACAGUUGGAAGGACAUGCGAAAGGAGAUCCUCUAUCUGACUGCAAACGCCACCGGCUCGCCAAACCAGGUGUACCAGGCUGUGUCACGUAUCGUCUGUGGACACCCCGAGGGGGGCGGCCUCAAAAUUAAAUCUCUCAACUGGUAUGAAGACAACAACUACAAGGCCCUGUUUGGAAACCAUGGCAAUGACAGUGACAGUGAACCUCUCUCUGCAUAUGACAACUCUUCCACCCCAUUUUGUAACAACAUGAUGCGGAACUUGGAGUCCAGUCCUAUUUCCAGGAUGAUCUGGAGAGCUCUGAAGCCACUGCUCUUGGGGAAGAUCCUCUACACCCCAGAUACUCCGGCAACCCAGAGGAUCAUCCAUGAGGUUAAUAAGACCUUCCAGGAGUUUGGUAUACUGCGGGAUCUCGGCGGUGUGUGGGAGGAGAUGAAACCCAAUGUUUGGAACUUCAUGGAGAAUAGUGAGGAAAUGGACUUGGUCAGGACUCUGCUGCAGAAUAAUGCCAGUGCUGCAUUCUUCAACGCUCAGCUCAGAGGGACUGAGUGGCGCGUGUCAGAUGUGUUCGACUUCCUGACCAAGGCUUCUGAGGACCAAAGACCUGCAGGAUCUGUUUAUACCUGGAGAGAUGCCUUCAACGAAACUGACCAGGCCAUACAGACCAUCUCACGCUUUAUGGAGUGUGUGAACCUGGACAAGCUGGAGCCAGUAGCUAAUGAGGAGCGACUGGUCAACAAAUCCAUGGGUCUCCUCAACCACCAGAAAUUCUGGGCAGGAAUUGUGUUUUCGGACAUAGCCCGAAGCGACAGCACUGACCUGCCUCCCAACGUCAACUACAAGAUCCGAAUGGACAUUGAUAAUGUGGAGAGGACGAACAAGAUUAAAGAUGGGUAUUGGGACCCCGGUCCCAGGGCAGACCCCUUCGAGGAUCUUCGGUACAUCUGGGGGGGAUUCUCCUACCUGCAGGACGUCAUCGAGCAUGGAAUCAUCAGAGCCAUCACUGGCACCAAGGAGAGGACGGGCGUCUACAUUCAGCAGAUGCCCUACCCCUGUUAUGUUGAUGACAUUUUCCUUCGGGUGAUGAGCAGGUCAAUGCCUCUCUUCAUGACUUUGGCGUGGAUGUACUCGGUGGCCAUCAUCAUCAAGGGUGUUGUGUAUGAGAAGGAGGCAAGGCUCAAGGAGACCAUGAGGAUCAUGGGACUGAACAAUGGCACCUUGUGGCUCAGCUGGUUCAUCAGCAGUUUAAUCCCGCUGCUGAUCAGCGCCGGCUUGUUGGUGAUGCUGCUGAAGAUGGGCAACUUGCUUCCUUACAGUGACUCAGGGGUGGUGUUUCUUUUCCUGGGAUCGUUUGGCGUGGUAACCAUCAUGCAGUGUUUCCUCAUCAGCACCCUGUUCUCUCGCGCUAACUUGGCAGCGGCCUGCGGUGGCAUCAUUUACUUCACUCUCUACCUGCCAUAUGUGCUGUGUGUUGCCUGGCAAGACUACGUUGGCUAUGCAGCGAAAGUUGUCGUGAGCCUGCUCUCUCCGGUUGCAUUUGGGUUUGGCUGUGAGUACUUAUCCCUGUUUGAGGAGCAAGGUGUGGGGAUCCAGUGGUCAAAUCUUCUGGCCAGUCCUCUGGAGGAAGACAGCUACAACCUGACCACCUCCAUCUGCCUUAUGUUGUUUGAUUCGGUUCUAUAUGGAAUAAUGACCUGGUACAUCGAGGCUGUGUUUCCUGGUCAGUAUGGUAUCCCCAGGCCUUGGUAUUUCCCUUUCACAAGGACAUACUGGUGUGGGGAGAGAGAAAACAAGAACAUGUCCACCGCUCUGUCAAAGAGUGCUGAUGGUGUGUGCAUUGAGGAGGAGCCAGGCCACAUCGACCCUGGUGUUUACAUCGAGAACCUGGUGAAAGUCUACAGCCAUGGAAACAAGCUCGCUGUGGACGGACUGUCCCUGAAGUUCUACGAAGGACAGAUCACCUCCUUCCUCGGACACAAUGGAGCCGGCAAGACCACAACUAUGUCAAUCCUGACUGGGUUGUUCCCACCAACCUCUGGUACAGCAUACAUCCUCGGCAAGGACAUCCGCAGUGAGCUCAGCACCAUUCGAAAGAAUCUGGGCGUCUGUCCUCAGCACAACGUGCUUUUCAGCAUGCUAACGGUUGAGGAACACAUCUGGUUCUACGCCCGUCUGAAGGGGCUGCCGGAGGAGCAGGUGAAGGCCGAGAUGGAGCAGAUUGUGAACGAUGUUGGACUGCCUCACAAACGGACAUCCCGCACCAGCACCCUGUCUGGUGGGAUGCAAAGGAAGCUGUCCGUGGCCCUUGCUUUUGUUGGAGGUUCAAAGGUUGUGAUUCUGGACGAACCUACUGCUGGGGUUGAUCCAUAUGCACGCAGAGGCAUCUGGGACCUGCUGCUUAAAUACAGACAGGGCCGCACCAUCAUCCUGUCCACUCAUCAUAUGGAUGAGGCCGACAUCCUGGGUGACCGAAUUGCCAUCAUUUCCCACGGCAAGCUGUGCUGCGUAGGCUCCUCACUCUUCCUGAAGACUCAGCUGGGGACGGGCUAUUACCUGACUCUGGUCAAGAGGGAUUAUGACUUGGCACUCCAGUCCUGCAGGAAUUCAGCCAGCACUGUCAGCUACAGCAAGAAAACAGAGAAGGAGGACACUGUGUCAGAGAGCAGCUCGGAUGCUGGUUUGGGCAGUGAACCAGAAAGUGAAACCACUACCAUUGAUGUGUCCCUCAUCUCAAAUGUGAUAUUCAAGCAUGUCUCCGAGGCUCGCCUGGUGGAGGAUCUCGGUCAUGAGCUCACAUACAUCUUGCCCUACCAGUCCGCUAAAGACGGCGCCUUUGUGGAACUGUUCCACGAGCUUGACGACCGCCUCACCGACCUGGGAAUAUCCAGCUAUGGAAUAUCCGAUACAACCCUGGAAGAGAUUUUCCUGAAAGUGGCGGAGGACAGUGGUGUGGACUCUGUUGAGCUUUCAGAUGGAGUUGUACCAACCAGGACUCGUCGUCGUCAUCACGCCUUUGGAGACCACCAGAGCUGCCUGAAGCCCUUCACUGAAGAUGACUUUGAUUUGAAUGACUCUGAAGGUGAUCCAGAGUCCCGUGAGACAGACUGGCUCAGUGGAACAGAUGGCAAAGGUUCAUACCAGGUCAAAGGCUGGAGUCUGAAGAGACAACAGUUUGUUGCUCUUCUCUGGAAACGAUUCCUCUAUGCCCGGCGCUCUCGGAAAGGAUUCUUUGCUCAGAUCGUUCUUCCUGCUGUAUUUGUGUGUAUUGCCCUGGUGUUCAGUCUGAUUGUCCCUCCAUUUGGAAAGUACCCCAGUCUGGAAUUGGAUUCCAGCAUGUAUGGAGAGCAGUUCACCUUCAUCAGUAAUGACAUGCCCGAGGACCCUCACAUCAAUAAACUACUGGGAGCACUGACAGAAAAACCAGGUUUUGGAACACAUUGCAUGGAGGGAGAACCCAUACUUGACGCCCCCUGCACUGCAUUAGAGGAUGAGUGGUCAAUCCCACAAGUCCCUGAGAGUGUGAUGGACAUAUUUGACAAAGGCAACUGGACCAUGGAGAAUCCGUCGCCCCUGUGUGAGUGCAGCUGCGAAGGCCGCAAGAGGAUGCUUCCUGAGUGUCCGGCUGCUGCUGGCGGACUUCCACCACCACAGAUGAAAAUCAGCGAGACAGACACUCUUCAGAAUUUGACUGGCAGAAACAUCUCAGACUACCUGGUGAAAACCUACGCUCAGAUUAUUGGCAAGAGCCUGAAGAACAAAAUCUGGGUCAACGAGUUCAGAUACGGUGGAUUCUCACUCGGUGCCAGGAGCUCCCAACUUAUGUCCCACAAAGAUGAAAUUGAUGAUGCAAUUGCUCACCUGAGGAGACGCUUCCGCCUGGAGAGGGGAACUGCAACAGAUCGUUUCUUUGGCAGUCUCUCCAGUUUUAUCCAAGGAUUGGACACCAAAAAUAAUGUCAAGAUCUGGUUUAACAACAAGGGCUGGCACAGCAUUGGCUCUUUCCUUAAUGUGAUGAACAACGGCAUCCUGCGGGCAAGUCUGCCAGCUGGAAAAGACCCCACGAAAUUUGGCAUCACUGCCUUCAAUCACCCACUCAACCUCACCAAAGAGCAGCUGUCACAGGUUGCACUAAUGACGACAUCCGUGGACGUGCUGGUGUCCAUCUGCGUGAUCUUUGCCAUGUCCUUUGUCCCUGCCAGUUUUGUGGUUUUCCUCAUUCAGGAGAGAGUGAACAAAGCCAAACACAUGCAGUUCAUCAGUGGAGUGCAGCCUUUCCACUACUGGCUGGCCAACUUUGUCUGGGAUAUGUGUAACUACAUCGUCCCAGCUACAUUGGUCAUCAUCAUCUUUGUGUGUUUUCAACAAGACGCCUACGUCUCCUCCACUAACCUGCCUGUGCUGGCUCUGCUGCUGCUGCUCUAUGGAUGGUCGAUCACCCCUCUGAUGUACCCAGCCUCAUUUUUCUUUAAGAUCCCCAGCACAGCGUAUGUGGUCCUUACCAGUGUCAACAUAUUGAUCGGAAUCAAUGGCAGUGUCUCCACAUUUGUACUGGAGCUGUUUGGGAGCAAUGAGAUCGGUGGUAUCAAUGACAUCCUGAAGAACGUGUUCCUCAUCUUCCCACACUUCUGCCUGGGCAGAGGAUUGAUUGACAUGGUGAAGAAUCAGGCAAUGGCAGAUGCUUUGGAGAGAUUUGGUGAAAACCGUUUCCGUUCGCCUCUGGCCUGGGACAUGGUGGGAAAGAAUUUGUUUGCAAUGGCGAUAGAGGGUGUUAUCUUCUUCUGCAUCACUGUCCUUAUUCAGUACCGCUUCUGCAUCAAGGCCAGGUCGUCUUCCAGUCAUCUAAAGCCUAUUGGAGAAGAGGAUGAGGACGUGGCCAGAGAGCGACAGAGGAUCCUGAGUGGUGCAGGACAGACGGACAUCCUGGAGCUCAGAGAGCUUACCAAGAUUUACAAGCGGAAACAGAAGCCAGCAGUGGACCGGCUUUGUGUUGGCAUCCCCCCUGGAGAGUGCUUCGGUUUGCUGGGGGUAAAUGGAGCGGGGAAAACCAGCACAUUUAAAAUGCUCACAGGAGACUCGUUGGUGACCAGUGGCGAGGCCUACCUGGCAGGCAAAAGUGUUAACACAGAGAUAGAUGAAGUGCAUCAGAACAUGGGCUACUGUCCUCAGUUCGAUGCUAUCAAUGACCUUCUGACGGGCAGAGAGCAUCUGGAGUUUUACGCCAUACUGAGAGGAGUGCCCGAGAAAGAAGUCUGUGAGGUGGCAGAGUGGGGCAUCAGAAAGCUGGGGUUGGUCAAAUAUGUGGACAAGGCAGCAGGCAGCUACAGUGGAGGAAACAUGAGGAAACUGUCUACUGCCAUCGCUCUCAUAGGAGGACCACCUGUUGUGUUUCUGGAUGAACCAACAACAGGCAUGGACCCUAAGGCGCGAAGGGCCUUAUGGAACGCCAUCCUCAGUAUCAUCAAAGAGGGACGAUCUGUCGUCCUGACCUCUCACAGUAUGGAGGAGUGUGAAGCACUUUGCACCAGGAUGGCCAUCAUGGUCAAUGGCAGGUUCCGUUGUCUGGGCAGCGUGCAGCACCUCAAAAACAGGUUUGGUGACGGCUACACCAUCAUCCUGCGGGUGACGGGGCCAGUCCCAGAUCUUCGGCCAGUGAUGGAGUUCAUAGAGCGGGAGCUUCCAGGCAGCACGCUGAAGGAGAAACACCGGAACAUGCUGCAGUACCAGCUGCCCACAUCCCUCACCUCCCUCGCCCGCAUCUUCUCCCUGCUCUCCCAGAACAAGGAGGCACUCAGCAUAGAGGACUACUCAGUCUCUCAGACCACUCUAGACCAGGUGUUUGUAAAUUUCGCCAAGGACCAAAGUGAUGAGGACCAUUUGAAAGACGUCCAUCUGAGCAAGCGGGACGCUGUGGUAGUGGACUUUUCCCAACUAAACUCCCUCAUGGACAGUAAGACACGGGAGAGCUGCGUCUGAUUCCACGACAUACCAACAGUGGGUUGCUAUGUUUCAUCCAACUUCCCCCCCACCCAUCUCCAGAAAGUAUGGACCACUAACCCGAGGGGGAGACAAAUGACUUUUUUCUUUCUUAAUUUCCAUUUUGUAGACUUUUUUAAUUGUUAUUAUUUCUCAGUGGACCUGCAUUUCAGCGCACAGAGCCUUCUUGUCAAGGCAGAGACUGUAGGUUUUUUGACAGACACUGAAACAAUGAAAACUCAAUGCAAAUCAAUGCAAAAAUGUGUAUAAAUAUAUUUAAGAUGAGAAGAUAUGCCUGUGGGGGUUGGAGACCGGUGCUUCUCCUUCACUAGGUGGAUGAAGAGAAGAAAAAAAAAAGACUUGAAGCAACAGCAGGUUUAUAAUGCUGUGUUAGACUGGAAAGCCUGUAGCCCUGCUACUCACUCAAUAGACAAGGCAUCGGGGAUGAAAGAUGCAGACAUCUUCUAUUUUUUUGAUCCCCAUUCCUAAAGGUAGUUAGCUGUAGUCAGUGAGACUUUCUAUGUGCUACUCUGGAAUAGUGAAGUCACGGCAGCGUCAAACAAACAAACAAGAAGUCAGGCUCAAUCACUGCCAACUGCUAAAAGAUGGACUGACUGACUACUUUUCCUAUUCAGGGUCAAACCUCUAAAUGGACUUCAUUACCAGACGCAGUUGUUUUAUAAUGUAAGAGAUAGUUUUAAAAAGGCAUGUACAAUCCACUUGAUUUCGGACAGAGACAUGCUAUAAUGCAAGACGUUAUUUUCUACUAAUUAGAUUUUUUUUUUCUUUUAACAUAAUUUAACAGUGAAGAUUGAUAACCCAGUUGUCUUUUUUUUUUUUCACUUUUUAUUGAUGUCCUCGACAUUGUCCAGCGCAGUGCCUAUACUGUAUCAUAGUGGAGAGGGGAAUCUGAGCACUCCAUUCAACAACAAUGUACCAGGGCUGCUGCGGAACAGCAACAUGCUUCAGAGCACAGAGAAAGAGCUUUUGGUGAAACUUGACCGUCUUUUUUUUAUUGUGUCUUCUAUUGUGAAAGCAAAAAAGGAAAAAAAUCUUGUUGUUGCUUUAUGUCUAUACAAGAUGUGCAGUCUGUUUUCCUGGCUUGUUGUACUCACUCUGCCAUCUUUAAAAUUGAACUGAACGCUAUUGAGAAUGGACACAAGAAAGCUGAAGACGAGUGGGCAACUUCUGGACUGGGUUUUUGAAGGUUUCGCAUUUUUUCCAUUGGGCCACAUGACUGCACUACCAGCACUUGUGUGUGUCUGUGUUCACGAAACAUGCCCUGGAAUCAGCAUGUGAAGGACUGUAGAGGACUCAGUGUUGCUGGGUUGGAGGACUAUAUGAACAAGGGGAGCUUGAAUCCAAAUUCCGUUGUAAAAAUCUAAUAUUGCGAUAAGAUGGAGAAGUUGGUUCUCAUAGUUGUGUAUAGGUUCCUAUACACGGAGGAGACAGUUUCACAGCUACUGUGCAUGUUUAGAGUCUGACGUUGGUACCUGUUCCAGUAACAUGUGCUUUUUUUGCCUGUGUAAGAGCAUGAUGGAGGUGUUUUCAACUCGAGCCAGCACCGAUGUGGAUAUUAUGUACAGUAGCAGUACAGUUUUGUGGUGUCGAGUCAAGAAAAAAACAAAAAAACUUUGUAGUGGAGUGAACAAAAUGUACCUGUGCCAAACGGAGCUAAAUAUUUAUCUUUGAUCAACCAGCAUAAUCUUGAGGAGGCAACAUUUUCUCUUUUUUUUCUUAAAAUGUGAAGUUUUCAUUUCAGGUCUUUUCCACCAGCUUCACCGUAAACACGCAAAAAUCCUCCUAAUUUUCUAAUUUCCUGCAAGUCGUAACAAACGGCACAUGAGUAACAUAUACAAUAUGUUUGUGCUCAGUCUUCAUUAGACGACAAGUAUCUAUUCUAUCUGCUAGUGAUGCUGCCAAAUUCCAACCCUUCUGACCGUACACUUAAAUAAGCUCGGCAACAGUCAUUUCAAUUUUUCAUGCGAGGUUGAGAUACACAUUAUGAAAACAGAGCUAUUCAGUGAGACGCUCUACACGUAAACGGGGACCACAGCAAGCAGACUUGUAUUUUCAAUACUUUACAGUCCAAAAACUAUAUAUUUAUAUCCAGGGUUUAAUUAGAUGACAGAAUUUCAUAUUAUCAUUACGGGUGCUCUGUGUCAUACAAUAGUGAAUAGGGGUUUAAUUUAUCUUGGGGAUCUAACCCUACUACCAACACUGAGGGUUCAAGCCACAACCCGCCAAACCCCUGUGUUUAUCGUGAGCACUUUACAGGCUCAGUUCGCAGCCUUUUGUUUCAAAUGUGUAGAGUUUUGGAUCCGAGUGUUGCAGAUCAGACAUUAAAGAAAAGAAAUCUGUGCAUUGGAACACAGAUAGGACUAAGACUAACAGGAGUGACGCCACUGCAUUAAAAGAUCUGUUAGAAACUUGAAACAGGAUGAAGAAUUACAUGUGGCUGAGGCGUAAAAAAAAAAAAAAAAGCAGUGACAUGUGAGAUACAGAGAGAAACGCAGAGCAGUACUAAGAUGGUGAUUUUUUUUCUCUUCUUGUGCUCAAUAUUAUUAUUUGUUUACAUUUUUAAGUAUUAUACAACAGUUUGAGUCUGUUACCCAUUGUGCAUAGUUACUCUUUAAUAAAUAAAGAAUUCAUACAUUUCAAA